UGAACUGAACAACAUUAAUGUUGACGAUUCGAAGUCAAGUAUUCUUAAUCUACUUUUGAUUUCGGGGGCUUCUGUAAAUAUCCAAGCAAUAAAUGGGGAGACGCCUGUGCACGUUGCAAUUAGACAAAGAUGUGGACACUAUGUGACAGAAAUGUUAAAACGGGACUUUGAAAUUAAUACGAAGGAUACUGUAGGCCUUACAUGCCUUAUGGUUUGCAUGAAAUGGGCUGAAGAUACAGUUGUUAAAGAGUUGUUGAAAUUUGGUGCAGAUGUAGCGUUAGAAGACAAGAAUGGGAAUACUGCAUUACAUUACUUAUGUUCUGAGGGGCCAAAUUUGAACCUUCUCAAUAUUUUAAUCGAAUGUGGAGCCAAUGUUAACGCUUGCAACAAGGAGGGGUACAGUCCAUUAAAUGCACUUAUUAAAAAGCGUGAUAUAUUCCACCCAGAAGAUGUUUCCAUUUUGAUAUCAAAAGGCGCAGAUCCAAGCUGUUGUUCAGAGGGAUGCGAGUCUCCUUUGACUAAUGCACUGACCAGAUUGAAGUUUGAUACUGCAAAACUCCUUGUGAAGAAUGGAGCAGACGUGAAUUAUGUCAGUAAAUCAGGGAAAACCGCACUAUAUGCUGUUUUGGCAACUUAUGGAGAUGAAGAAUCCAUUUCAAGGCGAGGAGAAGUAGUGGAGUGCCUUUUAGAGGCUGGAGCUGAUACCAAUAUUUUACUAGAGGGCAUUUCACCACUUUCUUUUCUUUUAUCUGUUCCGAUAGAAAGAGAUACUCUCAAUAUUCUUUCAAAUCUUUUGCAAUAUCAAGCUGAUCCCAAUAUUGGUUUGAAAAAUCCUAUUUCUUUGGCUGCAAAAUAUUCAGUUGAUGCUGUAAAAUUACUCUUGAAAGCACGCGGUGAUGUAAACAGAAAGGACACAGACGAAGAAACACCAUUGGUUAAUUGCUUAUCUUCCUCCGUGUGUGACAAGCUUGAAAUUUUGAGAGUUUUGAUAGAAGCUGGUGCAGACACAAAUGUUGCAAGUAAUUCCGGAAAAAAUCCAAUAGAAAUUGCUCUUGAGUCUGCUAUUUUGCACGAAAAUACAAGUUCCAUUGUGUUUAUAAAUUCUGUCAACUCAAACUCUGAGUGUGAAGAAAUUGUAAAUUUAUUACUGGACAAUGAAGCUAGAUGUAAUGUCAGUGAAACAGGUGGAAAUUCAAAGAAAAUACAUUGCAUGUACAUGAAUUAUUCAUAUCCAAAUGUCAAGGAAACUACACUGGAUCUUUUACUGUCCACUGAUGCUAUGGUGAACAUUGAAGAUGAAAAUGGGUUAACGCCAUUACAUUAUGCUCUAGAAGGAAAUGCUGAGGAAUUUCGAAAGUUACUAGAAGUAGGAGCGGAUCCCUUUUUUGAAGGAGCAAAUAUUUUUAAAAACUGUUUUGCCCUUGAUGAUUUAUCAUUUCUUCAUACUAUCCUGGAAUGUAAAGGAUCGUCGCAUGUAAGUGAUUCACUGUUUUGCACCUUUUGGUCGCGACAAAACGACGAAAUAGGCCAUGGAAACGGAGAAUUGCUUGCAAAAGUAAUAAUACAAAUUUUAGCUUCUCCCCACAAAAUCAACGUAAACAUUAAGAAUCGCUCUGGAAAUACCCCACUUACCUUCUUUUGUGGACACACUGAACCAGUUAUCGUAGAAAAAUUGUUAGAGAGGGGGGCAGAUGUCAACAUGGUCUGCAGAAGAGGUCAGACAGCGUUACAUGCUUUAUAUUACUCUUCGGACUCAGGUAUCAAUCGGAAAAUUCAGAUUCUUUCAUCAUUAAUGCAGAUGAGUCCUGAUGUUGAAAUAUUGGAUGACUCCUGCAUGACUCUGAUUGAAAAAGCCAGAGAGGAAUAUAACGAGCCAAUGUACCUUAUGUUUGGGAAAUGUUAUUUUUUGUCAGUAUUGAUUAGGGAGAUAUUACUUGCAGGAGGGAAGUGCGAAAAAAAUCAACUCCCUAUGCUCCUGCAAUCAGCAUCAAAGCGACAACACUUCAGUUUGAUGACCACGCUAAUAGAAAGAGGUGUAGAUUUAAACAUUGGAAAAACCGUUCUACACUCAUGCUUUCAGAGGGACAACACCUGUUGUAGAGGAAAUGAAAAAGGGUCACGAAAGGAAUGUCUGGAUUUUUUACUGGUGUAUAUAAAACAUGGAGGACAUUUGAAUGAAGUGGACUCCCAAGGAAACACGCCUCUCAUGUUGUAUUUGAUGUCCGAAAUGUACGACGAACCAAAACAGGAAGACUUAAAAGAUUUGACAGAUGAAAUUGUUUCAGUUCUUGCUUGCGAUAAGUAUGUUGUAGCAAGAAGAAAUAAUUCAGGUCUUUCACCUAUACAUCUCGCUUCAUGGAAAGGACGAUUGAGCACAAUGGAGCUUUUAGAGUGCAAAGGGGCGAAUUUCUGCGACAAAGAUGGGAAAGGAAAUACAUGCCUCCACCUUUUGUUAUCUAAAGGUAAAAUGGCAGGACAAUACGAUGAUUUAGCCACCUGA